UGAACUCUCAUUUUCCCCCAAACCAAACCUCAUUUUCCCCUGAACCAAACCUAAUUUUUCCCCUAUUCAGCCCUCAUUUUUCCCCCGAACCAACCCUCAUUUUCCCGGGAACCAACCCCCACUUUCCCCCCGAACCAACCCUCCCUUUCCCCCUCACCCACCGCGCACCCCAAACCUUUCCCCCCUCACCCCUUUAACCCUUCCCUCUCCCGCCCCGCACCUCCCCGCUCUCCCGGCGCAUUUCCCCCCCGCUUUUGCAUGCGAGGGUCAUGAGUUCCUACUUCGUCAACCCGCUCUUCUCCAAGUACAAAGGCGGCGAGUCCCUGGAGCCGACUUACUACGACUGCCGCUUCCCGCAGGGCGUGGGCCGCAGCCACGCCGUGCUCUACGGGCCGGGCGGCGCGGCGCCGGCCUUCCAGCCGCCCUCGCACCACGUCCAGGACUUCUUCCACCACGGCGCCUCGGGCAUCUCCAACGCGGCCUCGGGCUACCAGCAGAACGCGCCCUGCGCCCUGGCGUGCCACGGCGAUGCCUCCAAGUUUUACGGCUACGAGGCGCUGCCGCGGCAGGCGCUGUACGGCGCGCAGCAGGACGCGCCCGCGGGGCCCUACGCGGACUGUAAAUCCUCGGGCGGCGGCGGCGGCGCCGAGGGGCAGGGGGGGCACCUCAGCCAGAGCUCCUCGCCCAGCCUGAUGUUCCCCUGGAUGAGGCCGCACGCCCCGGGCCGGCGCAGCGGCCGCCAGACGUACAGCCGCUACCAGACGCUGGAGCUGGAGAAGGAGUUCCUCUUCAACCCGUACCUGACCCGCAAGCGGCGCAUCGAGGUCUCGCACGCGCUGGGGCUGAGCGAGCGCCAGGUGAAGAUCUGGUUCCAGAACCGCCGCAUGAAGUGGAAGAAGGAGAACAACAAGGACAAGCUGCCCGGCGCGGCGCGCGGCGACGAGGACAAGGCCGAGGAGGAAGGCAACGAGGAAGAGGAGAAGGAGGAGGAGGAGAAGGACGAGAGCAAGGACUGAGCGCGCUGCCCUCGCGGCGCGUGACGGAUCGCGGCCUUUACGGCGCUCAUUCGCUUUUAUGGAGCUGAGGAUGGAGAGGCUCCCGCAGCAGGAGCCACCUGCCAGCCAUCGGCGCGCUUCGCUCCUCAUGGGCGGCG